GGAAGUCAUGCUUACUUCACUCCUGGUCUUGAGAGGGGUAGCAUCUCACCAGUGGAGAGCAAGAAAGUGGCGAAUAAUAUGGAAAGAUGGGUCCAGCUGUGGAUUCUGAGCUUGGUGGCUGUUGUCCCUGGAAAAGGUCCCUGGAUGGAGCAGAAGAGGGUCCUUCUUGCAGCAGCAACCUCCACCUCAGCUGUCCUGCAUUUGAACGGCAGCCACUCGGUCGAUGGGAUCUGGAGAGCUCCUGCCACUUUGCCCUGCCUGUACCAAUCCUCCUCUGACUUCAAGCAGCUCACGGUGACCUGGAAGUUCUCCGUGCAGGGCCAAACUCCUAGGACCAUCUUGCUCCACGAUGCCUCCGGGGACCACAUCUUCUUGACCGCUUUUCGAGACCGAGUCAACGUUGCCGGGAACCCCCCCGGGGAUGUGUCUCUCCACAUCAAGGCACUUGAAAUGACCGAUAAGGGUUCAUUUGUCUGCAUAGUAGAGUUGGAAGACCAAAACAGGAACACAAUCAGGGGAGAAAAAACCAUCCAGCUCCAGGUGGUAAAAGUUGCAGCAUCCAAGCCGGUGGUUGAAGCCAGCAGCCAGGAAUCUUUCUUGCCUGAAGGAUCCAGGAUGAGUCUGACCUGCUCAGCCAGCGGCUCUCCGCCCAUCACCUACCAGUGGUACAAGGACGUGCCUGAGGGGGAAGCUGAGGAGCUCCAGAGGGGUCCAGUCCUAGCAUUCGAGCACCUGCAGCUGUCGGAUUCCGCCAGAUACUUCUGCACGGCAGAAAACAAAAUUAAUGCACAAAAGGAACAGAGCGACUCCUUUCAGCUGACCGUGGAAGAGUCUUCUGAAGUCUCCACUGCAGAACCAACUGGACAUACAACAGGGCUCACUGUCCCUGGAAGCCCACCUGGCUCGUCUCAUGUCACGCAAGAAACAGGGACUCCAGUCUGGAACUUUGUAGCCGGAACCUCCAGGAGGCCUGAAAUGACCCGCACCAGGACAGGCAGAAUGGUGACUUCAUCCACACCUUUUGGGAACUUUUCAGGACAUCAGCAGAAAACUCCAGGUGCUCAGAAGAAAGGUCUGCCCCUCUAUAUCAUCAUCCUGAUCGCUCUGCUCUCUGCAGCUUUCAUCCUUAUAGUCGUCUCUGUGGUAUUUUGCAGAAGGAAAACGAAGACUGAUAACAUUUACGAAGUAACAUACAACAACAAUGCCCUCACCCUGGAGGGCAACGAAAACAUCCCAGCCAGCCCAGGAGUCAAUGGUAACUGCCUGUAUGAAGAACCGAAUUCAAGUUUCAGUAACAACUACACUAUGGAGCCCGGCAAAGCUGAUGAAUACGUGACAAUGGAUGGAAAGAUGGACAACGAAUAUGAGAUCCUGGUAACUGGGAAGAAGCUUGGGAACUGAUGGGCAACCUAUAACAGGAAAGAGUAGAUCUUGCUAUAUAUCCAAGAGCUGAGAGUUGAGGAUAUUCAUCUUCGCCCCUUCACAUGAAAAUAUGUCAACUUGCCUUCUCUGAGCCAGUCCUCCUCCUCUUCCUCCUUCUCCCAAAUGGUGGCUCUCCUGUCUGGUCUCCUAAAAGGACUUCUUUCAGCCUGGCAACUCCACUCACUCAGUAGUGGCCGCUUAGACUUUUCUCCCUGCCCAAGAGCAGCUGAAUCUGGGGCAAGCAGAGCUGGGCAAAUGUCCAAUUCGCCCUUCUCUCAUUUGGUGACUCUGCUUUCUCCGUUUCUCCUUCUCAUGAAUUUGGCAGGUUUGGCUUGUUGAACAGGAGUUCUUUGAACUAAAAAAUGUUGACAGCAAAAUAAGCAUGUAUUUGAUUUUGUUUGCAGUUUGUCUAGAAUACACUUUCUGUACUCUUCCAUCUGAUCAAAAGCACAUUUGUCCUAAUAAAAAACACCUCUCUGUGACAAA